AUGGCGCUCGCUUCGACAAGCGGAACAGUCGUCGACGGUAUUGUUCAGCAUAUGGAGAGGUACCUGGGUGAGAUUCAGCGCGGCUGGUCGACGUACGAGAACGGCCUGGUAGCGCCUUUCCAGGUCGUGGAGUUCGGAGAAGUGCCUCGAGAGAUCGGUUGGACGGUCCUCGCCACGCUCGGCCUCAAUCAAUACCCCACCCGCUCGGCCAAAUCCGGGAAAGCAGUACGUCAAGAACUGGUGCUCAUACUUCCCGCCGCGUCGGCCCCGGGGCCGUUUCCUUCGGUGCUGCAACAGAUUGGCACUCAGGUGGUCCAUUCGGGGCAAGCCGUGCUUCGAGGAGAGUUCCUCGAGCUCGACCAGCCUUGUCCAUUUGUGCCCGACUCGCAACUGAGCGCAUUUUUCGCGACCUUACCCUCUUACCUGCCGGAUGCAUUCAACACCUAUCACGGCCCAGAGUUCGACGUCAUCUUCCCUUGGCUCAUCCCGAUUACCCCGUCAGAGCUGGCUUUCGUCAAGAACGAGGGAUGGUCGAAGUUCGAGGACCUUCUUGUGGAACAAGACCCCAACCUCCUCGACCUGCGCCGUGCUCCUCUUUUGCUCUACUGA